AUGAACCUCGGGCCGGUGCUCGAUAAGCGACUCUUGAACAGUCCGUUCGUCGAGAAGCUUUUCUUGCGUCGCAACCACAUCGAGAAAUUCGGGCCCGGUGUCUUCGACGAUCUGCCGAAUCUCAAGGUAUUGGACCUGUCGCACAACAGAUUGAGGAUCGGGGAUAUGCUGUCGUUCGGCAGACACAGCCGUCUGGAGACGCUCGUUCUCGAUUACAACGAACCCAGCAAUCAUUCGGCCGCUUCGAGUAUCGCGGCGCCUUCCCUCGACCUGCCCGAGCACCUGGUGUUUCCGAAUCUGAAGCAUCUGUCUCUGCGCGGAGUCCGCGUGGAUCUCUCGUUCAAAAAUUGGAGCAGAAGCUUUCCGCGGCUGGAGAAGCUCGAUUUGUCGGACGUCAGUUUGGAGCACGUCCAACGCACCGAUUUCAUAGGAAAGGUACAGCAGUCGGUCAAGACUUUGAUCUUGCAAAACACCAGCUUGUACCAACUGAACGUGACUCGAUUGAACCACAUCGUGGACUUGGACCUGUCCAAUAAUUAUUUCACCGAUGUAUUUUAUUUCUCGGACCAGAGAAAACGUGAAUCUUUCUUGGGUUUGGGAUCGUUGAAGGAUCUAAAAAAGUUGAAUCUGUCUAACUGUCAAAUUAGUAGAGUCGAUAAAGAUACAUUCAAAGAAGCUACUAAUUUUGAAGAUCUAGAUUUGUCGAACAACGACAUCAGGCAUCUGGACGACAGUUUAUUUUCGACAGUGUUCGCCAUGAGAAAUUUGAAUCUGAGCAAUAAUCCUUCCCUGCUGCAAUUGAGCUUCUUAAAAAAAAUGGGGAGUCUCUAUGCGCUGGCGUUGGACAGCAUGUCUAAUCAAAAUUUAGUCGAAACUCUGAACGCCGUGGAUUACGUCACGGCCGAGAUGCAGUUGCGAGUCUUUUCUUUGAGAAACAACAGCUUGACGACGCUCCCGAUGGCGUACUUGAAUCAGUCGUCGUAUCUGAGUCAGAUCGAUCUGAGCGACAACAAGCUCACCCAUUUCCAGCCUUGGGUGAGCUUCUCGGGCUUGAAAAGAUUGAACAUUCGGAAUAAUCUCUUCGCGACCUUCAAUAACACACCUUUGCUGUACGGAAGAUCGUUGGUGGAAUUACACCUGGGCAACAAUCCCGCAAAAGAGAUCGAUUUAUCAAUUUUGAGAUCUCGGCCGAGCGCCAGUACUUUGAGCUGGGAAUAA